UGACCAACGGACUGAGGUGAAAUCAGCCAGAGCGGAGAUCUUCGUCGUCUUGUUUUCUCGAAUAAAAGCGUUUGUAUAAACUUUUCUGAAGCUGUGGGAUUUAACAAUGAGGAAGAGCGAGGUGCUCGCAGCAGAGGCUGUAUCGUGUCUGAACAAGUCGCUGUGCCACCUGAAGGACAUUUGGGAAGAGAUCGGCAUCCCGGAGGACCAGAGACUGCAGAGGACUAAUGUUGUCAAAAACCACAUUAGGAACCUACUGGAGAUGAUGGUGAAAGAGGAAGAAUCACUGAAGAAAAGACUCGUAAGCAGCAUCCAGACCUGCAGGACAGAGAUGGAGAAACUCUGUUUAGAGCUCCAGAUUCCUGUUUUUGAGGAGGAAGAUGGUAUUAGCAUGCUGCAGCAGGAGAAGAACAUCCGGACUGAGGUGCAGGCUCUGAUGACGGAGCGGAACCGGCGGAUGCAGCAGCUGAAAGCUCUGCUGGAUCAGGAUCAGGACCUGUGCGACGUUCUGUGCUCCAUGCCGUACGGCGUUGCCGCGGAUUGCGUCCCCUCGCUGGAGCAGCUGGAGAACUUCCAGCUGCACAUCGCCCAGCAGAACGAAGAGAAGGCGAGGAGAUACUCUGAGUUCACGGAGCUGAAGAAGCAGAUCAUUCUGCUCAUGGAGGAGCUGGACCACUUCCCAGAGACCAGCUUCGAGAAAGACGUCGUCUCUGAGGAUGAGGACGCCUUCUGUCUGUCCAGGGACAACAUCACGUCUCUCAAGCUGCUCCUGUGUCAGCUGGAGGAGCGGAAGGCGGAGAACGAGGCGAUCUGCGAGAGCCACAGAGAGAAGAUCCAGCAGCUGUGGGACCGACUACAGGCUCCCCAGGAGGAGAGGCAGCUUCUGAACGAGCACAUGGUGGCAUCCAGGAGGAGGAACCUGGAGGCGUUACAAACAGAAGUGCAUCGCUUGGAGGAGCUUCAACUACACAACAUCCGAAACGUGACGGAAGCCAUUCGUUCAGAGAUCGCCGUGUUUUGGGAAAAGUGUUUUUUCAGCAUUGACCAACGACAGGAUUUUGCACCAUAUUUCAGUGAGGAUUUUAAUGAGGAGCUGUUGGCUCUGCAUGAUGCUGAGAUUCAACGCCUAAAGCAACAUUAUGAGGAUCACGAAGAACUCUUCGAGGGAGUUCAGAAGUGGGAAGAAAGUUGGAGGCUCUACUUAGAACUUGAAAGAAAAGCCACAGAUCCAACACGGUUUGCUAACAGGGGAGGAAAUCUUCUUAAAGAGGAGAAACAAAGGUCAGAGCUUCAAAAAAACCUCCCAAAGCUGGAAAAGAAACUGAAAGCCCAGAUAGACGCGUGGGAGGACGAGCAGGGCCGGGAGUUCCUGGUGAAUGGUCAGAUGUUCCUGCAGUACGUGGCAGAGCAGUGGGAGCUGCACCGGAUCGAGAAGGAAAAGGAGAAACUCGAGAGGCACCUAAAGAAGAGCAAACAGACGGAGGAGGACAUGCUGUACGGAACCGCAGUACGAACCCCAGCCAAGCGAAGGUUCCUGGGCACCACAACGCCCAAUAAAUCCAGAAAGCUGAAUGCCACCUCCAGCAUGUCCAGUGGGGCCUCCAACAGCACCAUGCGCUCCGUUCACUGCGGCACCGUCUGUCGCUCGCCCUUGCCUCGCCUCCUUCUCUCCGCUAACAAGACUCCAGCGGCUCGGACGCCGGGCGGCAGUAAGCCCCCCCACCCCAGGACUCAGGACUGCAACAAGGAGAACGAGGCCCAGGGCAAGGCGACCCCCGUGAGUGGUGCGUUGCAGACCCCACAGCGUAACUUCAGCAUGGCUUCUGUAGCCAGCACAUACUCAGAGUUUGUGCGAGAUCUGUCCAAGUCCUCCAACCCCAAGAUCCAGCACAACAUCCUGAACUCCACCACCUCCAACCACUGACUCUCCCACUCUGAGGGUCACAAAAUCCUUAAUUGAAAACUAAACCUGCUCCGGAACAGAGGAGGGUCACUACUGUUCACUGCUUCUUGCUUUUAUGGAUAAAUGAAGGUAUUUAUAUUGAGUGUAAAGUGAGGGAGGAAGAUGAUGUUGGGAACUGAAGGUGCUGUCCAUUCCAAAUGAAUAUAUAAAUGAACACUAUCUUUGUUCUUGGAUGUCUACGGUGGUAUAUGAGGGCAAUUGUAGAAAGUAAAUUUUCUGCAAAAAACUCAGAAAUUUUCUAGAAAAAAACUUCUGAGGUUUUUUUUGUCAAUUUUCUGAGAUUUAUUCUCAAAAUUUGACUUUCAUUCAAGCAAAUCUUCAACUUUUCCAACUCUACCGAAACUUUUUGUGCCGUCGUAGAUGUCUGCCAGUUAUUCAGAUGUAUAAAGUAUUUUCUAUUAUAAACUGCACAAUUUUUCAUAUUAUUUAGAUGAACUAGUGUUAAGCUUUCUGAUUUUAUGCGGACAGGGGUUACAGUCCAAAUGUACUAUAAAUGCGGUGCACUUUUUGUUGAAUGUUUUGCAACUUGUAUAAUUUUGUGCUCACACUGUUAUUUCUUUCCAAAUCAGUUUUGUUAAUUGUGUGCAUUUAUGUAUCUGCUCUUUUCUGAUGAUUUUAGGCCAUUAAAACUGUUGAUGCAGCGCAGAAAUUAACUCACAUGGCUUCAGUAUCAUGGCUGAUUUGGAAAAAGUUGGUCAAAAUAAAAUAAAUGUUUUUUUCAAUAAAUUA